GGUGACCGUACAAAUGGCUAAUUUUUCUACUGACGUGUCAUUUUCGUGGCAGGAAGUGUCCGAACCGGACAACAAAUCUUGAUGAUAGCAAACCGCAGAAGAACGGGAUUUACCUCAAUCCAUUGCCUGGAGACUACUUUACAGGUGAUCUAGAGGGAGAAAGUAGAGACAGAGAGAAAGCAAAACGAUGUCGUGUUUAGCGUCAUGCUGUGCGGCUGCCACGUGCGGCCUCUGCUCCUCCGUGGCCUCCGGAAUAUCCAAGCGCUCGGCGAGACUCGCUUAUUGCGGCCUUUUCGGCGGGUCACUCAUCGUGUCCUGGAUUCUCAGAGAAGUUGCAGCUCCUCUGUUGAAGAAAAUCCCAUGGAUAAGCACUUCUCAGACUCAUUCAACAGAAUGGUAUCAACAAGAAGCUGUUCUCCGUGUUAGUUUGGGGAAUUUCUUGUUUUUUGCCAUAUUUGCGCUUAUAAUGAUUGGUGUUAAGGACCAAAAUGAUAGACGCGAUUCAUGGCACCAUGGAGGGUGGGUUGCAAAGAUGGUGAUAUGGGUUUUACUGAUCAUCCUCAUGUUUUUUGUUCCAAAUGUUGUCAUCUCAAUCUAUGGAACCCUAUCAAAAUUUGGUGCGGGAUUGUUUUUACUUGUUCAAGUGAUUAUAUUACUCGAUUUCACACACUCAUGGAAUGAUGCAUGGGUAGAAAAAGAUGAACAGAAGUGGUACAUUGCUUUGCUUGCCGUAUCAAUUGGAUGCUACCUUCUAGCAUUUACAUUCUCAGGGAUUCUGUUCAUUUGGUUCAAUCCCUCUGGCAAUGACUGUGGUCUCAAUAUCUUCUUCAUUGUCAUGACCAUGAUUCUUGCAUUUUCUUUUGCAGUGAUUGCACUGCAUCCAAGGGUCAACGGUAGCCUCUUGCCUGCUUCUGUAAUAUCACUUUAUUGUGCUUAUGUCUGCUAUACCGGUCUCUCUAGUGAACCUCGAGAUUAUGCUUGCAAUGGUCUCCAUAACAAAUCUAAAGCAGUCUCCACAAGUACCCUCAUUCUCGGGAUGCUGACAACUGUUCUAUCUGUCCUAUACUCUGCUGUGCGUGCUGGAUCGUCAACUACGUUUCUAUCCCCACCAUCUUCACCCAAAUCAGGUGGCAAGAAACCUCUUCUUGAAUCAGAAGACACGGAAUCAGGAAAAGAAAAGAAGGAAGAAGAAGCAAAACCAGUUAGUUACUCCUACACAUUCUUCCAUUUGAUAUUUGCUCUAGCGAGCAUGUAUUCUGCCAUGCUUCUUUCUGGAUGGACGUCCAGCAAUGAUAGCUCAGACAUGAUAGACGUUGGCUGGACAUCAGUUUGGGUUCGGAUCUGCACUGAGUGGGUCACUGCUCUGCUUUACGUUUGGUCCCUUUUGGCCCCUAUACUCUUCCCUGAUCGUGAGUUCUUUUAGGCCUCCUAUUUACAAUUGAUCUGGGGUUUCGGAGGCCAUAGCUAUUUCAAACUCUUACCAUAUCAGUAUGAAGCUUAUUUUGUUAUAACCUUCCAUGCUUGAGUAGUGUGCAUGUACAGGAGACAAAUAUAAUGAAAACGAUUUCUCCAUUUCAAACUA